AGGCUGCGUGCGGCGAGGAGCCCUCGGAGCGCGGCGGUGCCAUGAGAGCGGCAUGGCUGACUCGCUUCUGGCACCCCGCGCCCUCUUGGUUGCAGGAGGUUGGCUCCACAUCCCGGUGACUGUUCAACACAGAGAGUUUGGGUAACAUCUCUAAGAUCAUCACAAGGAAGCAGAUAGAGAGGGGGAAAACCUGGCUGCCUGAGCGCCGCUGAGCUGCAUCUCCCAGCCUUUGUGGCUCUCCCCAUGCUCCAAGAGUUCAACUGGUGCCCAACGCAAUGUGUGUUUGUCAAACCAUGGAAGUGGGCAAGUAUGGCAAGAAUGCCACUAAAUCUGGAGACCGGGGGGUGCUGCUGGAGCCUUUCAUUCACCAGGUGGGCGGCCACAGCAGCAUGAUGCGCUACGACGACCACACCGUCUGCAAGCCGCUCAUCACCAGGGAGCAGCGCUUCUAUGAGUCCCUGCCUCCAGAAAUGAAGGAGUUCACGCCUGAGUACAAAGGUGUGGUGUCUGUCUGUUUUGAGGGAGACAGCGAUGGCUACAUUAAUCUGGUGGCAUAUCCCUACAUGGAGAAUGAAGCUUUGGAGCAAGAUGACAUGCCAGAGAGGGACCAGCCACGACGCAAGCACUCGCGUCGGAGCCUUCACAGGUCAAGCAGUGGCACUGAGCACAAGGAGGAAAAACCUGGCCUGGCCAGUGACAGCACAGAAAGCAGCAUCCAGGAGGCAAAGAGUUCCAGGAUGGACUUGCACAUCCACUCGGAUGUUCCGUUUCAGAUGUUGGAUGGGAACAGUGGGCUGAGCUCUGAGAAGAUCAGCCAUAACCCCUGGAGCCUGCGCUGCCACAAGCAGCAGCUGAGCCGCAUGCGCUCGGAGUCCAAGGAGAGAAAACUCUACAAGUUCCUUUUGCUGGAGAACGUGGUGCAUCAUUUCAAGUUUCCCUGCGUGCUUGAUCUGAAGAUGGGGACCAGACAGCACGGAGAUGAUGCCUCUGAGGAGAAGGCUGCUCGGCAGAUGAAGAAGUGUGAACAGAGCACUUCUGCCACCUUGGGCGUGCGAGUGUGUGGGAUGCAGGUCUACCAGCUGAACACAGGGCAUUACUUAUGCAGGAAUAAAUACUAUGGACGUGGUCUUUCCAUCGAGGGCUUCCGCAAUGCCCUCUACCAGUAUCUCCACAAUGGCAUAGAGCUGCGCAAGGACCUCUUUGAGCCUGUCCUUGCCAAACUCCGAAGCUUGAAGGCAGUUUUGGAGAGACAGGCCUCCUACCGCUUCUACUCCAGCUCCCUUCUCAUCAUUUACGACGGAAAGGACAGCAGGGCAGAGAUGUUUGUGGAGUGCCACUCGGAGACGCGCCUGAAGCAGAUGGCCAGCUCUGUGCCGGAGAGCCUUCAGGAUGGCGGCAGCAUGGAGCCCAGCUCCCCCCCACACCCCAUGGUGGAUGUGCGUAUGAUUGACUUUGCACACAGCACAUUCAAAGGCUUCCGUGAUGACCCCACUGUGCAUGACGGACCUGACAGAGGUUAUGUGUUUGGGCUGGAGAGCCUCAUCAACAUCAUGGAACAGCUGCGUGAGGGAAACCAGUAGCUCUGGGCCAUGGCCGCUUAUUCUUGUCCUGGUGACUGGAGCAGACACGACCACCUCCUACCACGGGGAACAGCAGCCACUUCAGUUUUAGGACAA